AUGAAGCUCCUCUUUACCAAGGCCAACACAGCGACACCAGGCGGUGGCCGGCUGCUGCUGCUGCAAACCCUCCGCACAAGCACAAGCACAAGCACAAGCACAAGCGCAGGCACAAGCGCAAGCACACCGGCGCGACCCCAGGCUCAGGUUCAGCUUCAGCCCUUGCGGGCGCCCUCCUCGCCACCACCCACGACCUUUGAGCUUCUCGCGCGGCUGGACCGCAGCGUCCACUGCCAGAACAUCCAAGAGACCUGGUACUGGUACCGGCGGCUCCUCAACCGACGCAAACGCGAGCCCACGUUCCCGCCCAUCAGAAGCACCAGCAGCGGCGGGAUCGUCCCGCGCGCACAGGCCAACAGCACGCAGCCCGUGGAUAUCCACAGCAAAGUGCUCUCGAUCCUCAGCACGCGGAAAAUGCACGGGUACACGGAGCGGCACCUGACGGAACUAACAGAAAUGAUCAAAGCCGUUCUGGGCCACCUGGCGGCCGAGCACCGGCAGCUAACGCCGAACCAGCUCACCCAGCUUCUGGGAGUUUUUGCCACUGCUAAGCGCGGUGAGGCUGCGGAUCACCUGUGGCAGUAUGCGGCAUUGAGCGGGAUGGCGCGGGAUAUCGCCUGUUAUAACGCGUAUGUCAAUGCGAAGAUUGAGGCGGGGCAGUAUGAGCGGGCAUUUGAGGUGCUAAGGGAGGUACGCGAGGGCCACGGUGGCGUCCAGCCCAACACUUAUACGCGCACCUGCCUGAUCCGCCUUUAUGGGCUGACGGGUGAUCUGGCAGCGGCCCAGCGCACCUUUGCCUUUGUCCUCGGACAGUCCACCGGCCCAGCAGCAGCAGCAGCCAACGGGGCAGACUACGUGGCGGCGGUGGAUGAUCGCGGGAUGUGCGCGGCCAACACGCACGUGUACACGGCGAUGCUGCACGUGCUGGGGAUGAACGGGCAGCUGGCGGAAAUGCAGCGGCUGUUCCUGCAGAUGACCGGGCUGCCCGAGACGCAGAACCUCGGCGAGCUCACCCGCCGCACGGCUGGGCUGGCGCAGCGCACGCAGGGCUCGCUGUGGCCGCGGCGCCAGACGUUGCAUGCGCUGGUGCAGUGGCACGCGCGGUACUGGGAUCUGCGUGGGGCGCUGCAGUGGGUUGCGGUGAUGCACGAGGUGUUCGGAAUCAGGCCGGUGCCGAAGACAUUCAAGCUGGUGCUGACGCCCGAGAACUGCCUGAGGGACCUCGAGACGUGCGCCGAGGUGGUGCUGGAGAUGGAGCACAGGUGGGGCGUGAGGCCGCCAAGGUCCGUGGUGGAGGCCGUGGAGAGGGCCGCAGGGAAGGUCGAGGAGAUGAAGGAGAUGAUCCGGUCGGCAGAGGCGCAGAGCUCGACGCUGUUCCCCGGAUCCGCUGUCUGAUCUAGCCGAUCUAGCCGAUCUAGCCGAUUUAGCCGAUCUAGCUGAUCUAGCUGAUCUAGCUGGUCUAUCUGGUCUAUCUGGUCUAUAU